AUGAGCGAUCCAUUGGCGUCAACGUGUGUGACAGACCUCAUGUUCAGGCUGGGCAAGCUUCCCGUGAGCGCAGGAGACGUUGCGGCGUGGCGUGGGGACCUCGACUUGGUCGUUAACAAACAGUCUGAUCGCAUCGUAAGUCCUCUUAGCAUGAGCAACAAGGUCAAUCUUCCGUUCUCUCACCAAAGAAUCGGCGCCGAUCAUAUAAGACUGCUCAUGCUAUUCCCUGGUGAGACUCGCAGUCCGCUCACGGGCAUGAUAUUCGAGUGUUCAAGUAUUGAGGGCAGCGGCCCUUAUAGAACACUAUCGUACGAAUGGGGCCUGGAUGACACCCCGACACGGCACUGUCUUUGGACGCCGGAUGGCUUCCUGAGCUUAUGUGAUUCUCUCAACACCGCCCUUCGACGCUUGCGUCAUAAAACUAGUUCUACCGUACUAUGGGUCGAUGCAAUUUGUAUCAAUCAGGCAGACGAGGAGGAAAAAGCAAGGCAGAUUCGAAUGCUGCCCAAACUUUUUCAAACCGCAACCCGCACAAUGGCAUUCCUAGGCGCCACCACACAGAACGACAGCGCCAUAGAGACUCUGUUACAGAUAACGGCCAAGGAGAACUAUGACUCGACGCAAAAUAAUUGGCCAGAGGGGCUAUCACCCGUACCCUUGUCUUGGGCAGGAAGAUCCACACCGGGACCGGAUGACCCGAUAUGGCCAUGUAUCGCGAGAUUUUUCGAAAGUACCUGGUUCCGGAGGGUGUGGAUAGUCCAGGAGGUUGUAAUUUCCCCCAGGAUUUCUAUUGUGUGCGGAAAUUGGACGGUGAAUUGGAAUGAUAUCUACAAAGCCAUGGAUCUCAUCGAGGAAGAAUUGGGUAGCAGCCUCGGCGCAUGGUCUUCCUCCUGGCAACCGUUCAUGACUCUGUCCUAUUUGCGAGUACAUGAAUCGUAUCGUCAACGCUGUAGCCUUUUGACACUCCUGGACACCUUCCGCCACGUCGACUCCACGCUACGACGUGAUCGUUACUUUGCCUUGUUGGGACUUGCCUCUGACGGAAACAAUAAGGAAUUUGAGCCGGACUAUCGUAAAAGCACCCCAUUUGAAGAAAUCGCAUGUAGGUUUGGUCGUGGCUUUGUCAACAAUGGUCAUGGCAUGUAUCUAUUAUACCGUGCAGGGCUAGGACCAAACUCAGAUCGGUUCCCCUCAUGGCUUCCAGACCUGACAGCUCCCGGUACUAGCGUUCUCCACGACCGCAAGGUUAUUUACGACGCUUCGAGGAAUCUAGGGGGACGGAUCAGCUGGCUAGACGGAAACGUGCUGGCGAUAUACGGCUGCCACGUGGACGAGAUCGUGUCUAUCAGCAAGCACUCCAACUCAAAUAAAGCAAAGGAGCGCGCACAAUACUUCAAGGAGAUAGAUUCGAUGGUCGAUUCCCUGCGCCCAUUCUAUGCGCCGGAUCGUCUUGAGGAGUUGAAAUGGCAGGUGCCCGUAGCCGGCGCAUUGCGUCCAACCACAGUCGCCCUUGUAGAUAUCUCUAUGUAUGACUCGUAUAACGCCUUUCGCGAGGUCCUAAGGAAGGCCGAGUUCAAGCGCAGCAAGACUCACCAGUACGUCCAGGAGCCCGAGCCGGAAGCCAGCGUUAUCACCGGCCUGUUAGGUGAGGGAUCGACGCGGCAAGAAAAGUCCGUAGCAUAUAGCUCUCUGCUCAAUGGUAGCGUCUCCGGCUGGAGGUUUGUGACAACAAAACACAACCGCUGCGGUAUCGUACCAAACACUGCUCAGGUCGGAGAUCACGUGAGCAUCGUCUCUGGGUGCAACGUUCCGUUUCUGCUACGCAAGAAUGAGAUGAAUGCCUAUUCUUACUUUCUUGUUGGUGGCUGCUAUAUUGAUAGAAUCAUGCUGGGAGAAGCCUUGCAAUUUCCCGAGUUUAAAGAAACGACAAUUUACGUCUGUUAA